AUGGCAUCUGUGUUUACAUAUGAUCCCGAUCCUCCGAGGGUAUCUUCGCCAUGGUCAGCAUCAGGGUCGUCAACCCCACAGCUUGCCGCAGUUGGUCCUCGAGGAGUCGUAACAAGAAGUCGAACGGCCUCUAGUCUGGGAGAGAAUGAGCCAGGCUACUUAUCUGAUUAUGGAAUCACGAAACUGGAGCCCGAACCUCAGGAAGGCCCUACUGAAUAUAAGUUGCAUCUUCUUCUACGGCCGCGCAGACUGUUCUCGUCAAUAUCCACAGGCCGUCUCGUUGGGGGUUCAUACCACUCAAAGUCGAGCUUCCCGGCCUUGUCACACGGGAUAUCUGAGAUGAGUCCAAGAUUUCCGCAGAGUCCUUCGGACCAGAGUCGACAACAGCGGUUACAGCAACUCACGACGCAGUUGUUAUGGCGUUUACAACAGUCUUCACCCUUUCACUCGUCUUCUACCGCCAAUCUGGUAUUACCAGUGCUUCCUGAGGCGACCCCAAGACUAGGUGUUCCUGCAAAGCCUGCUCGCCUGCUACCAGGUCUCGAAGAAAGCCAGGGAGCCCUUUACGAAAUUGGCGUUGCUGACGAUGGCACGUUUGUCGGUCUUACCGAAGAUGAACUCGAAGAAAGUAUGAGCAACCUUCAGGCAAUGGCAACUAGUCUUGGAUGCAAAGUGGAAGUUCUGCGAAAAGUGGUUGUAGGAAACUGUGAAUGGACCGAGGAUCUUCACCUUGAAAGUUCAGGGACGCCCAAGACCCACAGUGAGAAUCUCUGGGUUGCGGAGGCUCUAGUCAGUCCAGAUAUUGAUUAUUAUCGGUCCUCUAUGCCAAUGGGCCCAUCUGAGGCUAACAAUGGCUUGGAUACUGCACUAUCUGAGACGACCGACGGAGCUACAGCGCAAGAGGAUAGUUCACGCACUGAACAGAUUCGUGUGUCCAUAACAGGGCCAAGCGGAGCAGGAAAAUCUUCACUUUUGGGAACUCUCACCACAUCAGCCCUGGACAAUGGACGGGGGAAAAGUAGACUUAGUCUCCUAAAACAUCGUCAUGAAAUAUCCUCUGGUGUCACGAGCUCCGUGGCCCAGGAACUGAUCGGAUAUGGGCCGAAGGACCCCGAGUCCCGAGAGGAAAUCGAAGUGAUAAACUAUGCUUCUCCAAAUACUACUGCGUGGAACGAUAUUCACGUGGCCGCUGAUGGCGGGCGUCUUGCUUUCGUUUCGGAUCUUCCUGGCCUGACGCGGUACAUCAAAUCAACCGUCCGUGGACUGAUGAGCUGGGCUCCUCAUUAUGUCCUAUUAUGUGUUCCAGCAAACUGCUGUGAAGAUAAAAAGCCGGAAUUGUCACCGCCUAGCCUAGAACAGGCCCCGGAAAUCGACAUCUGCUUGUCGUAUUUGGAGCUCUGUGUCAAACUCGAAGUCCCAAUCCUGCUCGCAAUUACGAAAUUGGAUAAGGCGUCUCGCUCGGGCCUAAGGCAAACUCUUACGAAAGUAUUAUCUGCACUUAAGACAGCAGGUAAAAAGCCACAUAUGCUGCCAGUCCCUAAGGAAACCGACAAGGCUUCCAAUUUGCAGCGUAUUUCUCCACUGGAUAGUGAAGAAGCUAUGAAAACUGUUGCAGCCGCUGAUGGUGACUGGUCCCAAACGGUGCCCAUCAUACUUACCAGUGCUGUUGAUGGCUCCGGAAUCGGGAAGUUACAUGCGCUCCUAGAGCAUCUUCCGAUACCUCGCAGACCUCCGUCUCGUACAAUCCAGUUACCCGGUGAUGGACACUCAUAUGCUACUACUCCAGAUGAUCUUUUCGACAUCGAUGAGGUGUUUGCAAUACCACCAUCCAAAGUCUAUUCGGCCGCGGCGGAGAACGAACAGAAGGUCAAUCGUGGGGUUGUCCUCUGCGGCCUUAUGCGUCAUGGAACCAUCUCUGUCGGGGAUGAGUUGCUCGUAGGACCGUUCCCAGUCGACCCGCGAACAGACGAUGGUGUCUCUAGCAAUGUGCAACGGAAUCAGUCAUAUGCCAAUUCUGGUCCCACCGGCUACAGUUCACCACACUCACUACCUACUACUGGCCGAAUAUCCGGUCAGCUUUCUACGUCAUAUGGCCAGACUUUAUCCACAGGUAGAUCACAUUUGCACUUUCAUGGCGAGUGGCAGAGGGUGCGCAUCGUGAGCGUUAGGAACCUGCGGUUUCCAGUACGGACCCUUCUAGAGGACCAGGUCGGUACGAUCGGUGUGGAGCCAGUUUGUUCGACUCCUAACAAGGAACCUCUACAACUUGAAAGGGCUGGGAAAGGCAUGAUACUCGCACGUAUACCAAGUCCGCAGCAGGGUGAUGCUUCGUCAAUAUCGACAUCGCUCCCAUUCCAUGUUGGCUUCAUCGCUAGUUUUCCGGCCAGCGAUUUCUCUUCUGCUCUGUCUCCGCCCCUGGUUCUUGGUGGGACUGUGAAAAUAUAUACAUGUAACAUCCGUGCCACGGCCAAAGUGACCUGCGUCGCAUUGGCGGAUCAGGAGACCAUCUCAGCUCCUCCCUCACCUAGCGAGCCUGGUUUCUUCAGCUUCGAUGGCGACGAUAUGGAUAGAGACUCUAGCCAUACCACGCCGCAUGGAAUAGGGGUGGGACCCAACGAGGCUUCCGAGACAUCUGAUGCCUCGAAAAAAGAACGCAUCAAUAUCACGUUUGCCUUUGUAUCCUCCAUCGAAUGGCUCGAAAUUGGCUCCCAAGUACUGGUUAUGCCAGGCAUUUCAGCAGGCGCCUCUGAGCCCGAUCGACCAACAUCUCUGACUGGUCUUGAGGGCUUCGUAGGGAGGAUAUCAGAGGUUUUAGGAGGCGAAACUGCGCAUCCAAGCUAG